CAUGAAACAUUCCACCUAAACUGCAGCCACACUAAGAUAAACUAGCAGACAUGGCAUGGACAUACUGUGUUACAUGGUUUCUCUAUUUCUCAACGAGCGAGUGCUGGAAGCUGGCCAACUCUCAACCGGUAAUUCAGGGGGAGGUCCAUUCCCCUCAGUAUCCCCGGCCUUACCCUCCCAACCAGAAAAAUGAGUGGGACCUGUGGGUUCCUGAAGGCUACCAGAUUCAGCUGUCUAUAACCCACCUGGAUGUUAAAGAUUCUGCAGACUGUUAUCAAGACUCUCUGACGGUUCUCUAUGAUCAAAAGGUCUUGGGGAAGUUUUGUGGCCAGGAUUCAAAUUCAACUGGUCAUCCAGCCAAAGAGCCAAUCCUUUCUCAAGACAACAUGCUGACUCUCAUAUUCCAAACAAGUGACUCCACUACAGAGCUCCAGCAGCACACUGGAUUCUCUGCUACCUACAAGGCAAUAGACAUAGACGAGUGUUCAAAACGGGACCCUGGAGAUGGCUCAGGUCCACUCUGCACUCAGAUCUGCGUCAACACUCCUGGUUCUUACCACUGCUCCUGCUACAGUGGUUACAAACUUCAUUUAGACAAGCGCACAUGUUUAUUAUCCUGUGGUGGUAUACUUGACAAGCAUGAGGGACAUCUGUCCAGUUCAAGGUACCCUCGGCCCUCACCCCCUUUCCUGUCCUGCAAGUACAUCAUCUCUGUGGAGCCCAGAUUUGCUGUCACUCUGAACUUUAGUGACAACUUCCACAUACAAAGUGUGGACACUCCGCAAGGUCCCAGGUGUCUACAUCACUGGCUGCAGGUGACCAUUCCAGACAGAGAGCCCAUGAGGCUGUGUGGCAGACAGAGCCCAGGUCUGAUAGCUACACAUUCCAGUACUGUCACAUUGGACUACCACACUGAUGAUGUAGGCCUGAGUCACGGCUGGAGCCUGGACUACAGCACAUAUGCAACUGAUUGUGGAGAACCUGAACCUCUGCUGAAUGGAGGGUUCACCUUCCUCUCUGGCUCUCAGAAUCAGUAUCGGUCGGUUGUUCAGUAUCACUGUAAUGAACCAUUUUACGCUUUCCCUAGUGGCGCAAAUGUUAGUUUCACGUGUGAAGCAGACCGAAAAUGGAGAUCCAACCACAAUGUCACUCCAACAUGUGUACCAGUCUGUGGCCAGCCCACCAAACUCAUCUCUACCUAUCAGAGGAUCAUUGGAGGCAGUGAAGCUCCAGACAAUACCAUCCCCUGGCAAGUGCUCGUGAAUAUAGGUGGAAUACGUGUGGGAGGCAUGGUGAUUGCAGAUCACUGGAUUAUGACUGCAGCUCAUGUCCUAACACAUAACGGAAAACCAGUAUUAGAUAAAACUGUUAAGAUUUACAUGGGACGUACUGAACUGAAAAGCCUGUUGAGGUCUCCUGUGUAUGCUGCCUCAAUCCAUAUUCAUCCUGAAUACAACAACCCUCAUGGUUUAGAUUUCAACAAUGACAUUGCCUUGAUCAAACUGCAAGACCCAAUCACAUUCAGCUCACCAAUUAUACCAAUAUGUUUGCCAGCAGAGGAUGCCACAUAUGUCACUGGCGUGAUGGGAUUGAUGUCCGGCUUUGGUAUUAUGGAAAUUUAUCCCCCACGGGUAACAAAGAAGCUGCAGUAUGUGCACCUCCCUGUGGUGGAGCAGGAGACAUGCCGCAAUUCCCUCAAUGAGCUGAAGAAGACAAGGAACCAUAUACCAAGUCUGACAAAUAACAUGUUUUGUGCUGGCCUCCCUGAAGGCGGGAAGGACUCCUGUCUCGGUGACAGUGGAGGACCCUUCGCCCUGAGUGAUGAUGGACAGUUCUGGGCUGCUGGGAUUGUCAGCUGGGGGGUUGAUUGCGGACAGCAGGGAACAUACAGAGUCUAUACCAAAGUUGCUAACUACCUGGACUGGAUCAACAAGACUAUGCAGGAGAAUGAUGGAAAUUUACAGUAAUUUACUACAACGUAAUGUGAAGGUGUUGAUGCAACAAAAACAAAAACAUCUACAGAUAAAAUAAGAAAAAAUAGCUUAUUUUGCUCUAAAUAUACUCAGUGUUAAUGCAUGUUGUGUCACAACAGCUUUGAAUUAAGGUAAUCAUCCAAUUAUGAUUAAAUGAUCAAAGGAAAAUUUCAACUUUAUUA